AUGAGGCAAACAGUCGUGAGCCAAUCAAGCACGACCCAAUCAAGCACAAGUCAGCCAGGCCUGAGUCAAUCAGGCAUGAAUCAACUGCAACCAGGCCCGAGCCAAUCCAGCAUGAGUGAACCAGGUAUGAGGCAACCAUGCCCAAGCCAAUCCAGCACGAAUCAACAAGGCAUGAGGCAACCAGGCCCAAGCCAAUCAAUCAUGAGUCAGCCAGGCAUGAGGCAACCGUGCCCGAGCCAAUCCAGCACAAGUCAACCAGGCCCAAGCCAGUCAGGCACAAGCCAAACAGGCAUGAGCCAAACAGGCAGGAGACAAUCAAGCAUGAGGCAACCAAGUGUGAAUUCUUUCCGACAGGAAUUGGCUGCCUGUGAAAACAUGCUAGAUGCAAUGAAGUUAACAGCAAAGGAUGUACUCAGGGGUGGCUUUGGGGACAAUCCCCUUUUCUACUGCUUGAUUGCAGAAGUACACAAUCAUCAAAAACCAUCAGGCAAAGUGACUGUUGGAUUUGCCAUGUACUACUUUACAUACGACCCCUGGAUUGGCAAGUUACUUUACCUAGAGGACCUCUAUGUCAUACAAGCUUACCGAGGUCUAGGUAUUGGAGCUGAAAUGCUGAAGAGGCUAAGUCAGGCUUCUACUGACUACUACACUCGUCGAGGGGCUUUAGAGCUUUCCUCCGAGGAGGGCAGGCAUCUGUUCAGGUUUAACAGAGAAGAACUCAUGGACAUGGCAGGGGAAGAGUGA